AUGCCCCGCAAAAGGAAUAGAUUCUCCGCACCAAACGACUCAGAUGAUUCUGACCAUGAAAUAGAACAUCUUAAAGUUAGACUCAUUUCCCCGCUUCAUAACGAUCGUCUCCAAGCUGAAAACUACACACUCCGAACAACUUUGGCACAAUUGACCCACGAAAGAGAUGUGGCAGUCGGACAUGCGUUGCAAACCAACAAUGAUCUUGCCUCUAGGCUUGCUUCGACAGAGGUUCAAUUACGAGCUAAAAAUGCUUUACUUCUCGACAUGGAGAGUCGGGUAGGCCUCAUGCCCGGACAUUACGCGAACGAGGAACGUAACGAGUUCAAACAAUACAUCGAGAAUUUUGCAGGUUCACUUCAGCGCCUUAGUGAGGGAAGAACAGCGAAUGAACAAUAUCGGCGCAUCGAAGAUGACAAUUCAGUAUGGUCUAUUGUCAAUUUCACUCUCCCACUCUCAAACAUACAAUUCCAGUUUCUGGUGCAGCGUUCUAACACUCUUCUGACCAAUUUGCAAGCUACUCUGGAGGCCUACGAAGAGCUACAGAAGGCGUUUAAGGGACUUCAACAAAAACAAAACGAGAGUAUGACAAAAAACUGGCAUGCGGCCACGACUUCCCAGAUUUAUGACGGGAGAGCCAGGGAACUAGUGUCUCAUGUAGUCCUCAAUCUGAAUCUUGCUCGUCCCGGAAAUCAGGAAAUUCCGACGGAGACGUCAAGGACAGAAGCAAGCAAUAGCACAGAUCAUCCUCAAUCUGUAAUGUCUCCAGAGUCGUUUCAUGAAAGCAGCGACGUUCAAUCAGCACGAGAAAUAAUUGCACAACCACUGCAGCUUGAAAGGAUACAAUCAAACGAUUCGGAAAACAGUAGUGUAUCAGUUGACAAGAUCCAAUUCAUGCUUCAUGAUCUAGAGUCUGAAUCCAUUGAGAUGCAAGAUGCUUUGUUGGAAGAUCCCAAGCAACAUCACAUAGACCAACUAUGUUCAGACAACAUUUUGAUGCAGACCCAGCUUGAUGAAAUUCAAUUGCUUUUCGACCAGUCGCUGAGCAAUAAAACAAUGAUUAUCGAGAAAUGUACCCAAGAGCUCGAGUCGGUUAGAUCUGAGCUGGUUAUUUCACACCUGAAAUAUCAGGAGAAGGAAAUUUCGAUCGAAGAAAAAUACCGUCAAUCAUCUCAGCGGGAGAUAGACAAAGAGAAGAGCAAGCUCGAAACUGCUCGCCGGAAUUUGGAAGCGCUCGAAGCGGAUAAAAAAGCUCUACAGCUGAAAAUGUCUGCCAUGCAAAUCCGAUCCGCUCAACACCAAGCUAUACUGGAGCAAUCUCACAGAAGCGCUCGCGAUCUACUGGAGGAAAACCGAGUCAAACAUGAUAUUGCCCUUCAGACAUCUAUGUCGUCGAACAAUAAUUUACAGACCCAACUUGAUAAAACCGUGGCUCGGCUCGAAUUAUCUCUCAAGGAAACCUGCAAUGAAAAAAUGAAGGUCAAGAUGCUCGAGACCCAGUCCAACCAAUUCAUGAAUCGCGAAUCUCAGCUCGAAAAAUCUCUUCAAGACGCACUCGACUCGUUGGAGAUUGCCCGAGUUCGAAGUGAUGCUCUCCAGACCGAACUCAAUGACAUCAAGAACUCUAAAGUUCAACUUGAACAGCUGCUCGACGAAACCUGCAAACCUUCAAUGGUCACGCUUGAGAAACAUGUUCAAGAGCUUGAAGCAGAGCUGAAAACAUCGUGCCAAAGAUACCAGGAUGAACUCUCAAUCAAAGAGCAGUGCAGAAUUCAAUUACAACAUGAGGUUGACGAACACGAAGGCAAGCUUGAAGCUAGCUGUCGACACCUGGAAGCACUUGAAGCGGAAAAGCUCACGCUAGAGAAACAUGUUCAAGAGCUUGAAGCAGAGCUGAAAAUGUCGUGCCAAAGAUUCCAGGAUGAACUCUCAAUCAAAGAGCAGUGCAGAAUUCAAUCACAACAUGAGGUUGACGAACACGAAGGCAAGCUUGAAGCUAGUUGUCGACGCCUUGAAGCACUUGAAGCGGAAAAGCUUACGCUUGAGAACCAUGUGCAAGAGCUUGAAGCAGAGCUGAAAACGUCGUGCCAAAGAUUCCAGGAUGAACUCUCAAUUAAAGAGCAGUGCAGAAUUCAAUUACAACAUGAGGUUGACGAACACGAAGGCAAGCUUGAAGCUAGUUGUCGACGCCUGGAAGCACUCGAAGCGGAAAAGCAAGCCCUAGAAGUAGACAUGUUCGCAUUACAGACCCAAAUUGAUAGAUUUUCCAGUAAUGAAGCCCGAUCCCAAAUGUCUCCCCAAGGACCUCAAGAAAGUUCCGCAUUGCUUUCUCAGGAUCAGGAAUUGUUAACAUUGCAGCAACGUUGUACCCAACUGGAGAUGUCACAACAGGAUGCGACAUCUAAACAUGAAGCACAGAGCAAUACCCUUCGAACGCUUCGAACUGAGCUUUCCAAUUCUCGAGAGGACCUCAAACUUCUAGAGGAACUUCGUGAUUCCCUUGAGGGAGAGUUGCAGUCCCGAGAAAAGGAGGUCCGAGCUUUGAGAACGACUUUGCUCACAGUACAGUCGACACCAUCGACCGGUAUAGGAUACUUGGUUUCGAGAACUCCGAAAAAGGAGUCAGAUGAAACUUCUCAAGAGCUGUCUAAUGACCGCAAUUCAAAGGAUGAGCGGAAGGUUGUCUGCGCUUCAGAGCUGGACCCUCAGAAAUCAUCACAAUCUUCUCCAGAGAUGGACGCCCUCAGCACAGACAUUAUCCAUGACGUCAAUAUGAGCGAUAUAGUCUCGACUAUCUUGCCACCCCAAGGUAUAACGUUCAAAAUACGGUCGAAUGACAAUACACAACGGCCUGUACUUUCAUUAUCCGACAGUGGCAAUCCUGACCCUUCGCGCAGCAAUUCAUCGCCGUCAAAUGAGUCCGCGUCCACUUCGUUUACAGGCUUGAACAAGAUCCUCUGUAAUACCCCUAUCGAACAUCGAUUAACUACCGCACGAAAAUAUGAAUUAUCUUUACCGCCAUCGCUGAUGGGCUGGAAGAACAAAAAGACCACUUUCAAAGACCUUAUUGAUGAAGAAGCGAGAAAUUUACAAGCUGCGCCAUCCGCGAUAUCCACUUCAUCUUCACCACCAACACCCUCGAACUGCAAUACUCCAAAAGCUGAGAUCGAUCUGAGGGAACCUGUUACAAGAGAUCUUGGGUUGACGGACGCUGGCGUUAAAGUUGGCGCUAUUGCUCAGAAGGCCCUAAAAUCUGCCGACCGUCUUCUAGCUAUUAUUGUAAAUGCUCGCAAUGGAUUUCAGGAACUCACCAGUAAUUCCGAUCGACAUGAAAUUCAUACUGUCUGCGACACAGCUGAUCGAAGCCUUGUGUAUGUGCGCUCUGAACUUCUGAAGAUCAAAAACACUGCUGCCGAAGAGAAAGUGAGGGGGGUAUGGCAGGACGUGAAUGCUCUUGAAGAUAUCCUGUACGAUUGGAGAACAGCAUACCCAGAUGAUAUAUCCCCUAUCAAAAUCAACAACACCGAUUCCUUUGGACAACCUGAGGAAAAGCUGAAUGCGCCCACCCUGAUUGCAUAUACCAUCGCUCUCGUGAAUCGGGUUUUUGAGGGGGCAGCUCGUCGCGGUUCCGGGGUGUUACUGAAAAUGUUGAAACUGUUCGGCUAUUCCUUCAUUUCACUUGCUGGACAACCAAACUACAUUCAGAAGAAGGCUCUCAACGACAUUCCAGAAUCGAUUCAAACUGUAGAAAAGGCCUUGAAUCUGGAUGUUCAGAGCAUUCCUUAUGCUGUAUGCCCUCGUUGCAGCUUCACACACAUCCCGACCUACCCUAACGGGCCUUCUGAUCCUGUCUAUCCCACUCACUGUAACGAGCGCCUCACUGAACUCUCGGAUCCAUGUGGGACAGAGCUGCUGCAGGAAGGAAAACCAUUCAAGACUUAUCAUGCCUACUCCUUCUAUGAAUGGUUCGGCCGUUUCAUUGCUCAUCCUGGAAUAGAACAAUACGGAGACCGUUUCUGCGACGAGAUUGCCUCAUUCGAGAAAAUCCCGGACACAAAGCGAGAUAUCAAAGAUGGCUCAUUCGUACAUACUUUCAGGGGACAUGACGGGAAGCUUUUUCUUGCUGAACGAGGAAAUGAGGGAAGAUGGGUCUUUCUCUUGCACGCCGAUUUUUUCAAUGUCGAGGGAAACCGAAUUCGGGGAAAGACAAGGUCGACGGGCAUCACAUCACUCGUGUGCCUCAAUCUUCCCCUUUCUAUGCGCAAUGACCCUGCAUGGAUCUUCAUUCCUGGCCUCAUUCAAGGGAAAAGUGAACCCGACGCUAAGAACUCUGAGCAUCGUCAUUAUUGGCGUCUCCUCAUUGACGAGUUCUCGGCUGGUUACCUACGGGGAUUGCAACCUCGUCACACGUAUCGAUCUCACAGCAGUGAAGGGCUUAAUGAGCGUGUGUUCCGGGUCGCCAUUGCUGGAGUUUUGAUGGACUUCAAGGCUGCCCGCCCUUUUGCAGGCUUUCUUGAUGUUACUUCUCAUCACACUUGCUUCUUGUGUAAGUGCUGGCAUCGCGCUCAUCUAGGGAGAACUGAUUAUCAAAAUUGGACGACUGCGGGUGUUGAGUUUUUGAAAAGAGGAGCUGAGGCAUGGUUAAAUGCAAAAACGCCAAAAGAACGAAACGAGAUUGAAUUUUUCUAUGGUACCCGAUAUUCAGAACUUUGGCGUCUCCCAUACUGGAAUCCUAUAAAACAGCUAUUGGUUGAUCCUAUGCAUAUCUUCUUCCUCAUUCUGAUGCAGAGGUUGGCUCGUGAGGUUCUCGGCUUGGAUAAUCCUGAGUCUAGUGAGGAAGAACACAGGAAAUCAAAAACAUCCAAGAAGAGUCAGCAGAAUAAUUCCUUCAUCUCUUUCUAUCAUGAUUUUACCCCACCGCCUCACUCUUCCGAGCUCACCUCCUCGACCGGUACCACUUCAAAUCCGCCGGAAGUUCUAGGGCUUGACGAACCUGAAGCUGUAGAUCAACGACUCUCCGUUCUUGAAUGGGGCGACCUCUCUUCUGCAGAGCAAACUGCUCGUGUUUCUAGAAUGGAACAACUGAGGGAAGAGAUUCAAGGGAAUCCUAGAGCCUUUCAAGGUAUCUCUGACCUCCAUUAUCUAUUGUCUCAGGGCCUUCCAGUUUCAGAUGUUCACCGUGAUCGUCUUCGAAAACGGUUAGGGAAAUUCAAAUGGGUUGUCUUGGCUCAUGUAUGUAAUGACCUGAUGGAGUUCCCAGACGAGAAGAUGGAAAUACGAUUGCAGUCCCAUUUUCAUUCCAGAGGUAAAAAAGGUAUAAGUCGGAGAGAGUUUGGAGAUGCUUUGUACCGCUGGCUCUCGGAGCGAAUCUUGAACCCUGGUCAAACGUUUGAAUGGCCACAUUUCACGCCAAAGGAUAAGCCCGCCCCUUCGAUUCCCUGGCUACAGCUACACAAUAUACAUGAAAAUCAACGCAUGAACCCCCUUCGCAUACCGGGAUUAGAAGGUCGUUUCGAAUUGUUAGCAGAGACAAUCAAACGUUUCAACUGGCACAGUGCCCACUCUGUCGGGCACAUACAUCGUUUCCUUACACAACCGUUGGUCGAUGAUGUAGUCGGUGAUAAACAGCUGAAGGUCAAUCUGAAUAGGCAAACGUUGAUAGCGCUAUCCUUUGUCUGCAUCGACCUUGACAUUCUUCCCGAGGGUAAAUUCGGAAAAGCGGAACUCGUUAAUCAGCUGGUCAAAUGGCGUCUGACUAAACCUUUGAAGCCCUUGCCACGGGUGCGUAUAGCAUCAGAUAAGGUCCUACAAAUGGUCCAAAGAUCCAUUCGUGAAACUGUUGUCCCUUCAUGGAUUACGCGCCCACCAUCUGACAUGGGGCUUCAGCAAGCAGGUACUUUGAAAGCUGAUCAUUGGCGAGUUCUCUUCAACAUCCACUUACCCUUCUCUUUGAUCUGCAUGUGGGGUAAGGGAUCUCCUUCAGCAGUGGAUAACGCUGCUGAAAUGACUCCUGUACUGGAGACCUCGAUGCAUCUCACUUGUGCAUCCAUUUUGAUGACUCGGAACAGUUUGUCCCCCAAGACCCGUGAUCAAUUCAGAUCAUCUUUGAGGGACCAUAUCCUCGGAUUGAAACAAAUUUUCCCAGGAUUCAUGCUACCAACUCAUCAUUUGGCAUUCCAUAUAUACGAUUUCAUGGAUGGUUUUUCUACUGUACGCAAUUGGUGGGGAUUCCCAUUCGAGAGACUGAUCGGUAAGGUGCAAAGGAUGCCCACAAAUCAUAAAAUUGGUCAACUGGAAUACACCCUAUUGAAGGUGUUCUAUAAAGGGGCCUUGUUUCGACGUUGGCUCAUGCGACCUGAUUGUCCCGAUAUCCUAAAAUUCUGCAAACUUCUCUUGGAUAAAGCAUAUGGUUACAACAAUGUCGAAUCAGACCAAGAUGAAUGUGACGAUUUAGAUGGCUCCGAGGUCGCGGAAAUGAUGGAAGGCAAAAGCAACAACAAACCACCACCUGGCCACAAGGUAAUAUCAGGAUUUGUUAAGCUCCCUUUGAAGCUUGCGAAACGAGUGGGAAAUCUUCAGCCGAGAUGUUAUUCGCAGGUUCCGGCCGCAAAAGGCUUUUAUAGCAUUCCUAGUCGUGUUGUCGGGAAUAGCUAUGUCUGUUACCACCAGACGAAAGAUUUCCAGAAACCGUGGGCCGCAGGACAGAUCCAGUACAUCUUCGAGCAUGAAGGGGAAAUCAAAUUGGCUAUCAGACCAAGCAAACCAUUGAUCGGACACUGUGAUCCGUUUGCGCAGUUUGUUGACCAAGGAUUCGACUGUAGAGCGGUAUCUUCCCAAUUCCUUGAUUGUUAUGAUAUUGUCAAAGUGGAUUUAAUCAUCGGACAUACAGCAAGGUGGGAAAUCGACGCAGAUUUUGUGGUUGUGCUGUCUCUUGGGCGGGUGAGCUGUUCAUUUGUACGCAUUUUUGAGUGA